AUGGCCCCUUCAGUGUCGAGGUCCGCUAUGCUAGUCGGCGCGGCCGCAGCCGCAGCCUGGGUCACAGGCAUUGCCUUCACCGCCCCGGGACAGGUCUCCGCACCGGCCACAGGCGUCAGGGUGGGCAAUGUGCGCGGAGCUCGCGUCCAGGCGUCUGGCGAAGCGGGCAGCACCAGUGGCACCGCCCUUGCCCUAGGUGGCAUGUGCGCUGCCGUGGCUUUGGCGCGCGGAGCCAAGUCCAUCAGGAAAGCACUUAGCCAGGAUGAGCUCAAGAAGAUGGUUGGAUACAAGGCUGUGGACGACUAUGUGCAGAGUGGCACAGUGAUAGGUCUUGGCACUGGCUCCACUGCCGCUUUCGCGGUCGAGCGUGUGGGGGAGAAGCUGAAGUCUGGAGAGUUGAAGGACAUCAUUGCCAUCCCAACUUCCAUCCGUACGCAGGAACAGGCUGAAAGCCUUGGCAUUCCCCUGGCCACCUUGGACACUCACAGCGACUUGGACGUGGCCAUUGAUGGUGCCGACGAGGUGGACCCCGCCCUGAACCUGGUGAAGGGAGGUGGCGGGGCCCUCUUCCGAGAGAAGAUCGUGGAGAUGUGCGCCAAGAAGUUCAUCGUCAUUGUCGAUGAGUCCAAGCUCUGCGAUGGCCUUGGUCCUGGCUUCCCGGUGCCUGUGGAGAUUGUGCCCUUCUGCCACGAGCACACCAUGCGCAAGAUUGCUUCGCUGCCUGCGCUCAAGGGCUGCGACCCGGUGCUGCGGCUGGGCAACGUGGCCAACAACCAGCCGGAUGGCGAUGAGCCAGCGGUGACGGACAACGGCAACUACAUCGUCGACCUGAAGUUCACCAGCCCCAUCAAGGAUCCCGUGGCUGCCGGUGAGCAGCUGAAGGCCACCGUCGGCGUCGUUGACCAUGGGCUCUUCACCGGUAUGACCACGGCCUGCAUCGUGGCGGGCAAGGAAGGCAUCAUC